AUCGAUGGGCGGCGUCAGUCAGCCGCGCGGUGCUGCUGAAACCAUGUCACUCCGCGCAGUAGCUCCCUCUCGGCAGCCGCAACAUGGCCCACCCGCUCCCCACACAAAACCUCCAAGAUAAACCCGCAUCUUGCUGGCAAAUCAAGAAGUCCAACAUAAGUGGAAGAGGAAUAUUUGCCACCCAACCCAUCCAGCGAGGCACCCUCAUCUUCCGCAACAGACCACUCAUGGUGGGACCCCGAGGAGACCACGCCCGAAAAAAAUUCUGCUCCAUUUGCUACGUCAUAAAGGACACUUGCUACUCAUGUGAAAAAUGUGGAAUCUUUGUCUGUUCUGCCACAUGCGAAACCUCCCAGCAGCAUACCAAAGAGUGUGACUUUGUCGUGCAAAAUUGGAAAAUAAAACCAGGAUGUGAAAAACAACCAACCGAUUUAACCAGAGCACUCGUAUUUAUAAGAUCACUAUUGUUGGACCACGAGGAAAUACACUUGUUAUCUUCAUUCCAAAAAAAUCAAGCAGUAGGACCCGUGGACGAGGUGGACGCAUUGUGUGCUAAUUACGACAUACCGGAAGAACAAAUAAAAUUAAUGAAAUCAGUCGAUUCAAUUACAAAAUUAAACGCGUUCAGAAUAGCACAUGGCGAGGUUGAAUCCAAAGUACCACUUCGUGGUUUGUAUUAUUUAUCAGGUUUACUGAAUCACAGCUGUAUACCUAACACAAGAAAUGCAUUUGACAAGAAUAACAAUAUGGCUGUUUACGCAACAAGGGACAUUGAAAUCGGAGAGGAGAUCUUGACGUGUUACACUGGUCUGCUGUGGUGUACGCCCGCGAGGCGCUGUCAGUUACAAAAAACUAAAAAAUUCUGGUGCAAAUGUGAAAGAUGUUCCGAUCCAACCGAAAUGGGUACAAGGCUGUCGGCAUUGAAGUGUUUGAAUAAAGAAUGUGUCGGAGUUUUACUGCCGACCAGCCCUUUGGACCCUGCAUCUGAUUGGCGGUGUGACAACUGCAGCGCCGCGGUCGCUGCGGCGCAAGUGAGCGUAGUGCAAAGUGUGCUCGGCAGCCUGGUGGGCACCCUGGACCUCGACGAUCAGUUCCGACUGGAGACGCUGGUGCUGGAGAGAUUGUCUCAUUUCAUACCCUACUCCAAUCACAUAUUUGUGGACUUGAGACUGAGAUUAGGAUUGAAGCUCGGUUUCACUGAAAAGCUGAAAUUACAGGAGCUAACGGAGUCCCGGUUGGCCCUGAAAGAGAGCCUAUGCCGCGGCACGCUGCGCACGGCGGCGGCGCUGGGCGUGGGCGACGCGCACCUGCGCGGCCUGCUGCUCUACCACCUGCACGCCGCGCUAGCCGAGCGCGCCCGGCGCUCGCCCGAGCUGUAUGAGGAACUGAAAGCUGAAAUCGAGAGUACUAUAGAGCAAGCCUUCCAUAUACUCCAAGGCGACAUAUCUGCCCCACCAGACCUCGAACUGAGACACCGAUACCUCGGCCCAGGCUGUGACAAACCUCACGAAGAGAGAUUCUUCAUCCUCGCUGACGUUUGAUACAUGUUUACCCGCAAUUUUAUAUGAUUCUUUAAAUUAUUUUAAUAANUUUUAAAUUAUUGUAAUAAAAUAUGUAUUUACUACUACUUACGUAAGCAACGGACUCUAUGUAUAUUUACCAGAUUCAGAAAUAAUCAUAUUAUUUUAUUGAAAGUGUAAAUUUAUUUUACUGUUGAAUAAUAAUAAAAUUUGACAAGUGUGCCAAAAGCAUGUAUUAUUAAUUAUUAUGUAAGUAAUA